CCGUCGCCGUCAAGGCCCCUGGGAGCGCGGGGCGCCGCAGCCGCAGCUCAUCCGCUCGGAUCCGUCUCCGGGGCUGCGCCGGGGCCGGCGGCGGAGCUGAGGGAGCAGGGAGCCGCGCUCUGCCCAGAGUUGGGCAGGGGAGCGCCCGCGCCUCUGCGGCGUCAUGGGCCCCCUCAUCGGGCCACAGCGGCUACCAGCCGCAGAAACCCCCGGGCCUCCUCGCGGCCGAGACUGAGCGACCCUCCGUUCUCGGCGCCCCCUCCCUCCGCCCUAUUUACCCCCCUGCUCUCACUGCCGCUAACCGCUUCAGCUCUCCGUUAUGGCAACGGAGCCACCAUCACCUCUCCGGCUCGAGGCGCCCGGCCCCCCAGAAAUGCGGACCCCAGCGGCGAGCGAGGCCGCCCCCGAGGGUACCCCGAAGCCGGCUGGCGGCAGGCUCCGCUUCCUCAACGGUUGCGUGCCCCUCUCGCAUCAGGUGGCUGGGCACAUGUACGGGAAGGACAAAGUGGGUAUACUGCAACAUCCAGAUGGCACAGUUUUGAAACAGUUGCAGCCCCCUCCAAGGGGUCCAAGAGAGCUGGAAUUCUAUAAUAUGGUAAGUGAGGUUUAUGCUGCUGACUGUACCGACAGUGUUCUUUUAGAGCUGCGAAAAUAUUUGCCAAAAUAUUAUGGCAUCUGGUCACCUCCCACUGCACCAAAUGAUUUAUACUUAAAACUGGAAGAUGUGACCCAUAAAUUUAAUAAGCCCUGUAUAAUGGAUGUAAAGAUAGGGCGAAAAAGCUAUGAUCCUUUUGCUUCAUCUGAGAAGAUUCAGCAACAGGUCAGCAAGUACCCAUUAAUGGAAGAGAUUGGGUUCUUGGUGCUUGGCAUGAGGGUUUACCAUGUUCAUUCUGAUAGCUAUGAGACACAAAACCAACACUAUGGAAGAAGCUUAACAAAAGAAACUCUAAAGGAUGGAGUCUCUCGUUUUUUUCAUAAUGGAUUCUGCUUAAGAAAAGAUGCUGUUGCUGCCAGUAUUCAGAAGAUUGAGAAUAUUCUGCAGUGGUUUGAAAGUCAGAAGCAGCUUAACUUUUAUGCAAGUUCAUUACUAUUUGUUUAUGAAGGUUCAUCUCAGCCAACUACUACAAGAUCAAAUGACAGAACUUUGGCAGAAAAGUUUUUGUCCAAAGGACAACUCUCAGACACAGAUGUACUGGAGUACAAUAAUAAUUUUCACAUGUUAAAUUCUACAGCAAAUGGAAAAAUAGAGGCCUCAGUGGGCAAAAGCUUAUCCAAAAUGUAUGCUCGUCACAGAAAAAUGUAUUCAAAAAAGCAUCAUAGUCAGACUUCGUUAAAAGUUGAAAAUAUAGAGCAAGACAAUGGGUGGAAAAGCAUGUCACAGGAACACUUAAAUGGAAAUGUACUUUCCCAACUGGAAAAAGUUUUCUACCAUCUUCCCACUGGUUGCCAAGAGAUUGCAGAAGUAGAAGUUCGAAUGAUAGACUUUGCUCAUGUGUUCCCUAGCAACACUGUAGAUGAGGGAUAUGUUUAUGGGCUGAAGCAUUUAAUUACUGUACUGCAGAGUAUUUUAGACAAUUGAAUCCUUUGCUGCAGUCUUUUAAAUGGGUGGGGCAAUCAUAAUGAAGAGCAGCAAUUAAUAUCUCUGCACUCGUAAUGCUAUGUAAAAAAUUUGUAUUGUGAGUCUACGUUUUAUUUGUCUUUAUACUUUUGGUAGAAGGGUUAACUUUUUUAUAACCUUACUCAGGAAAACUAAUUAUUUGUUCAUUAGAAAUCUAUGAAGAAUAAAGAAACUUAGGAAAGUUAAGCAGGGAAUGUGGUGGUACAUGGCUUAAACAUCAUCCAUUUGGCUCAAGCAAAAUGCAAACCAUUAUUCAGUCAUUAUGAGUUUAGUUAGCUUUCUGUAGCCAAUUUAUCAUGAAAUCUGUCCACUCAACUUUGACAAUGAGCCAUAUCUAAGCUUACUACAUUACUAGACUAGUUUCAAAAAUCUAGAAAGCACAGAUUGAUAUCCUUAGUAUUGCUAUGUAUGAAGUUGUUAAAACUGGAGAAAAUUCUACAGAAAUAAGUACUCUUGAGGUUUUAUAUUAAAAGUUCAGACCAGCAUAUCAAAAGGUGCUUCUUAGUAAAAUGAUUUAAAAUUUAUUACAUUCCAAAAGAUUUUCCCUUUAAUUUUCAUUUAUGUACGUAUUUCAGAAUAUCAUACUUCAUGAAAAAGAUACUAGAAACGAACAACAACAACAAAAGUCUUGAAAUUAAGGGCACUGAUAAUCUUGUCAGGGUUAGAAGAAGAGGGAAGUUAUUUGCAGGGAACAAUGUUUUUCUUUUAAGAUCUUUCAUUUAUGGGAAACUUAGAAUAUAUACUUACUACAUUGUGACAAAUAUUACAAACCAUAUAAUAUACCCUUUACUCUGACUGCAGUUUUAAAAAGGUGGAUGAUUAAAGCUAUUAUUUUUCCUUUAAAUAACUUUUGAGAGUUUUUUUCUCUUAUAACUUGUAUUUUUAUGUCCCCAGUUAGUUAAGCAGUGGUUUUUUCUCUUAUAACUUGUAUUUUUAUGUCCCCAGUUAGUUAAGCAGUGGUAUGAAUAUAUGUUGCUAAAGAGUGUUCUCAGAAUUCUCAUAAGCAAUGAAGGACAACAUCCAGCAUUCUGAGUGUUACGAAAAAUACCAUGUGUAAUGUAAAACUUCUGUGUGUCUGCAGUGCAUCAUGCAGAGUUUGGUGCAUAUGUAAAUUCAUGCUUCUCUUUCAUUCUUACAAUUUUAUAUCAUAGAGAAUUUCAUGGAAUGAGGGCAGUGCUAUUUUUCUUGGAAAAAUUAGGUUUGUAAGUAUUAUCUGUGUUUCACAUCCACCACCUUUUAAAAAAUAACUAUUUGUUGUCGAAAACAUUUAAAACUUUGAAAUUAAAUUUGCAAAAAUGUCAGAUGUUUAUGUUUUCAUUAUUUGCACUUUGAUUCACUAAUAAAACAUCUAAGUAGUUAACAGUUUUGCCAUAUUCCUGAAAAUUGAGCUGUGAACUCUUAGACAGUUCCCCCUUUUUAUCCCCCAAAUUAAACUUUUAUUUUUAAAUUUU